AGCGUGAACCCGUCCGUCCAGCUCGCACUUGAAGACUUCGCGAGCGGCCGCAGGGACGCCAGUCGAGCCAAGGGACGCUCACUUGGCGCUUCUCGAUCCGGGUGCACCUGGCUUCACCCGCUCUGCGGGCACCAGCGACUUUCGGCGGAGUUGGAAGCGCCACGCGCGGUCCCUGGUACUCUCUUUCCUCAGAACGUGGGCACGCCUUGGCGACUCCUUUCUUGAGCUGUCCCCAUUCCCGCGCCUCGGCCCGAAAAGGUGGGACGGCCACCGGGACUCGACUUACCGGAGCGAACCGCGCCGGGCCAGGAGGGAGCGAAGAUGCCCCGCGCGUUCUUGGUGAAGAAGCCAUGCGUCUCCACGUGCAAGAGGAACUGGAGCGAACUCCCGGACGAGGAGCGCGGCGAGAUCUACGUGCCAGUCAGCCUGGGCUUCUAUCCACCACCGCCCUACCGGGAACCAGAGCCAUCUGUGGCCGAACCCCCAUCUUGCCCUCUGGCUUUGGACAUGAGCCUUCGGGACUCCAGCUAUAGUGUGGCCCCAGGACCCUGUGUGGUGGCCCAGCUACCUUCUGAAGAUGUGAACCAUCUGACAGAUCCUCAGAGCAGAGACCAGGGUUUCCUACGAACUAAGAUGAAGGUGACCUUGGGGGACAGUCCAAAUGGAGACCUUUUUACCUGUCACAUCUGCCAGAAGGCCUUCACUUACCAGCGCAUGCUGAACAGACACAUGAAGUGUCACAAUGACGUCAAGAGGCACCUCUGCACAUACUGUGGGAAGGGCUUCAAUGACACCUUUGACCUCAAGAGACAUGUCAGAACCCACACUGGUGUGCGGCCCUACAAGUGCAGCCUGUGUGACAAGGCCUUCACCCAACGCUGCUCUCUGGAGUCCCACCUCAAAAAGAUCCAUGGCGUGCAGCAGAAGUAUGCAUACAAGGAGCGCCGGGCCAAGCUGUAUGUGUGUGAAGAAUGUGGCUGCACAUCUGAGAGUCAGGAGGGUCAUGUCUUGCACCUCAAGGAAAACCACCCCGACAGCCCACUGCUACGAAAGACCUCCAAGAAAGUGGCUGUGGCCCUGCAGAAUACUGUCACUUCCCUACUGCAGGGCAGCCCCCACCUCUGAGCAGCCCAGGCCCCAGGAAGGACCAGGAUCACUUCCCUGCUGCCCAGCCGGUUCACCUUCCUGCAGCCUCUUGCCAGAACAUCAGUAUCAGGACCAGAGUCCUAAGGCCUCACGGCAGGCACACCGCACACUCAGGCACUGACUUCGCUCACUUUUGGAAGUCUGUCUUACAAGCAGAGUCCAUUCUGAGCUUGGAACGAAGGGUGCCUGUGUCAGAGCAGGGUGAGGCCAAGUGAUUAAAAACAGCUGCUUAUACAGACAGGCCCUGUUUCCUUGCAGCAGAACUUGGGAGAUGUGUUGAGAGGGGAGCCUGAGUCAAGAUGGGCAAUGGAUCCCCAUGAACUGCAGAGUCAAGACACCAGCAAAGAGCAUCCCUGCAAACUACUGUGGCGGUGGGGCUGGCAGCAGCCCACAUACCUGCAGGGCUAAUUCUCAGGGUUCCAAGGGCUCUGCCCUUUCAUCAGAGGCCCACAUGUGUACAGCCAUGUGUGUGUGCGCGCAUCACACUGCUUUAUGUGUGGUUUAUUCUCAUGUGCAUGUGCACUCAUGGCCUUUCCAUAUCAACUCAUUCUUAAGAAACUAACCACAAGGUGCCAAGGAGGUUUUAUUUCCUUUUUUUUUAAGAUGACAAAUAUAUAGAUAUUAAUAUAUUUUUGGUGCCCACAGUAAGACUGUUUUUAAAAGGGAUGGAGCUGGCUUUUUCUCCAACCCCAUUGGUUCUAUUUAUCCUGGACAUUUCAAACCUCCUCUGUGCCUUGGUUCUGGGGGUGGUGAUGCAGACCUACCCUGUUCUCUGAGAUGUUCCAUUAAAGACCACAGUUCCUCCUCCCCUGCCCUGCACAGUGCCUCACCUCUCUCUCUUUCCCUACCCCCUGGCAUCACCUCCUUCCACAUCCUUCUCCAGGCCCCAGUUUUCCUGGUAAGCCUGAUGACAACUGACUGUCUGGGUGUGGCUAAGUCUGGCGGUGGGUCCUACUAAUAUACUCUUUGACCAGAUGGGCUGGGAAUUUUUUGAUACCAAGUCCAAGUACUAAGACAAGGGGAGAAACAGGCCCCGAAUCUUUUUUUUUUUUUUUUUUCCUGGCUAAGUCAAAAAUUCUUGAGCAGCAGCAAAAUUUGAGACAAUAAUAAUCCACAUACCAGAAACUUAAGAGAG